AUAACGGCGCCAACAUGCUGGCGGCAGUACGCAUGUUAAAGUUAGAAUUUGAAGUCAACUGUCUCCCGGUACUUCAAGUUACCGAGACAGACAGCUCGAGUGGAACCAACGACCAGAACGACCAGGAAGAAGAGAUGCUCAUGGAAGCGCUCAGCAGCCAAUUGCAAGAGAACCUAAAUCAAAUUCGAUGUGCGGUUCACACCUUGCAAUUAGGCAUUUUAGAUGUGGUUAAGAAAUCACACGAUGAAGUAAAAAAAUUAACGGACGUGGCUAAAAAAUUCAAAUCGGUCAAAUAUACGGAGUUCUUCAACUCACAUGGUGCCAAUUACCCCCCAGUGUGGGGACAGACACGUUGGGGCGGAAUAUAUUUGAAGAUCUCAAAAUUUCUAGAACAACGAAAUUUUUUUACGCUUCUCGCCGAAACGUUCCCAGAGUUGGAUAUAUCAGACAGCUGGGAUUUUGCUACUCAGUAUGAACAAGCAUUCAAACAUGUUUACAAACUGACGAUCGACAUGCAGGCAGAACAUGUCUCAUUGUCUGAUUUUUUUGUACAGUGGCUUAUUGCUAGCGAGAAGGUUAAACAAACUAAGCCAAAUCCGUUUGCUAGUGAAUUGGUGACUAGUAUGGAAAAGCGAUUGCAGAGUUUUAAAAACUCUAGGGCUUUUAAAAUGGCCCUCUAUCUGGAUCCGCGUCUGAAUUAUGCUGGCUCGUAGCUUUUCAGUUACGAGGAGAAAGAAGAGAUUCAGGUAAGGCAUUCAGGUAUAUCCUUCUAUACGUUAAACACUAUCGACACAGA